GCUGCACUUGUUCUGUUAGCAGUUUGCAGCGGCCAUUUCAAAGAGACCAUCACAAAGACAAGAGAGAGAUCAGAGAAGCACCCGUUCCCAAGAUGCUGGCACCCCACCUUCUGAGAAGAGCGGUCCUUACAGUUCCUUUAGUUUUUGUCGUUGCACUGCUUCUUGCAGAGCCUGUUAGAUCUGACCAAGAAGCGGGAACAGCCAUACCAGCUGAAAGUCGUCCCUGUGUUGAUUGCCAUGCAUUUGAGUUCAUGCAGAGGGCUCUGCAGGAUUUAAAGAAGACAGCAUAUAAUCUAGACACACGGACAGAAACUCUGCUUCUUCAGGUGGAAAAGAGAAAUCUGUGCGACUGUGUAACUGCAAAUCUGCUGAACUGAAUCCUGGAGGCCAGCUAGGAGUAUCACCUCUUCAGCGGUUUUUAAAAUGCAGCUGUAUAAAAUACAGCUUUAUGAAGUUCAUGUUGCAAGCAUGUAUGCCCCAAUGUACUGAGGAACCUGGGGGGCUGUGUCUUAUGUAUUUGUCUGUUCUGUUUUUUUUUAAAAGAGUACCUUCUUUUCACAUCCGUUGGGUUGCCAGUAAGGGCUCAAUUCAGUAAAUCUGUUACUUGGUACUAGAGUGGGGGAAAAAUUUACCUGCUUUGAUUUUUAAAUCAGAGUUGGCCAAGUGUAAACCACAAGAUAAAUAUGGCCAGCAGUGCUCUAGAGACACCUGCAGCUGUUUUUUGUCUCUAAUAUGAACAUAUCUCUGUGGCAACAUACCCAGUUAUAUUGAGACAGGGAAUUGUGGUCUCUCCAGGCUUUGCCUGUGUAUUAAAGAUGACGGAACUCUUUUC